AUGAGAGUCUUCAACCGAGAGAGGGAGGAACAUCUGCACUCCUUGGGGUGUCAGGACUGUGAGCGUUUCAUCACUAUGCUGCAGCUCAUCUCCAUUGUGCUCUUGGCUGCUCUCCUCACUGCUAUCCUUGUCAAAGGCUCUGAGGUUCCUAGUUCCCAAGAGCAUGAUAAGGAAAAGCAACACAUCCUCCAGAAACUGGACCAGCUGAAGGCUGGACUAGACCACCUAUGCCGCCCCUGCCCCUGGGACUGGACACUCUUCCAAGGAAACUGUUACUUCUUCUCCACAUUCCUGAAGAAAUGGAAGGAAUCUGUUAUUGCCUGCCAAGGCAUGGGAGCCCAACUAGUGGUCAUAAAAAGUCAUGAGGAGCAGAGCUUCCUCCAGAGGACUUGUAAGAAGAAAGGCAAAGCCUGGAUGGGGCUCUCAGAUGCAAAAGAGGAAGGCCAGUGGCUGUGGGUGGAUGGCUCACGACUGCAAUGGAGGAACUAUUGGUCUGCAAAGGAACCCAACAACGAUGGCAAUGAAGAUUGUGCAAUAUUUUCAAAUGGUGGAUGGAAUGAUAUGAGCUGUUUAGCUGAGUCAUUCUGGAUCUGCAAGAAGCCUUCAUGGCCUUGCCCUAAGUGAAGUCUGUUCAUCUCCAUAGACUACAAACAGGCCCAUGUAUCAUCUAGUUGAACUUCAAGUAUGUUCAUUUCAGUUCCUUCUGUCUUUCUAUGGGUACUUGGUUCUCAAAUAUAGAUCUGAAUUCUAAUUUUCCAGACACUUGGGCCACUGCU